CAUAUGGACGGACACGAAACAUCAAUUCGUCUUCGUCCCUUAAACAUAUAACACAACGUUCCAGCGAUUUUUCAUCUGUAUGCUCACCUCACUUUUGUCUUUAUUCAUCGGCGACACUAGGAUAAUUGUAUAUGUUAUGAGGAUGAGUUAAAUAUGUGUGUGGUUCGUUGCUGAGUAAUGAUUUCAUAUGAAAAAGGAUCGUUUAUUAUCACAUGGAUACUUGAUAAUAAGAUAACGUGUCGAUCGCCCAAUUAGGCACCCUUACUGUACACAUCAACGCGGUUUGUUGCAGCAACAUGUAUAGCUAUCUGCUGAUAUCGGUGAACAACACAUUAAACCUUGGGAUAAGUGUAAUGGAACAGGCAGUGCGCGCUAAUAAGGGACAUCAUCUUGAUUGAAGGAACAUGAGCUAUUGUCGGUGAAGGAAAACCAUUUCUUCCGCAACAAUCUAUUAAUCAUGUAUCUAUAUAUAAACGAUAUGACAAUAUCUCUCGUACAUACAUCACGUACUGCGUCCCCACUGGACUGUGUUAACACUCGGUACAAUUAGUAUACCGUCUGAAAGUAUUCCUUAGAGAACUUAACUAGUUAACCGACAUCGAUAUCUAUGAGAUGGAUUGUUUUAUAUAGUACUGUAUAAUAUUGUGUUGAAAGUAUAAACCUAUUGCAACCUUUUAUUCAUAUAGUAUAUUAACAUUAAGCGUGUACGCUUAAGUGUUAAAGAACUUGAUUCAAUAACUAAAACGUCCGCUUUUAGUACAAUGAUGUCGCAAACAUAUUCGAAUGCGAACUCAACAAAUAUCACUUUUCUGGACUCGUCAACGCCGAAAUACAUAGAUGUGGCUACUUACAAUCGUCUUCAAGAAUUGAAGUCAAGUUACGCAAAUAUCCACGGGUAUCUCAGCACUGCUGUGUGUUUGAUAGGUAUUCUAGCGAACAUCGCAAAUAUUGUUGUGCUCAAUAAAAAGCACAUGCGAACCUCAACUAACAUCAUCCUGAUGUGGCUCGCCGUGGCAGAUCUGUGUACGAUGAUUGAUUACGUUACGUUUGCACUUCGAUUUUAUGUUUUCAAAGAAGAAGGAAUGCCGUCCAUGUUUUACAACAGGACGUACGGAUGGAUGUGUUAUCUACUGUUUCACGCAAAUUUCAGUUUGAGUAUGCAUUCUAUAUCCAUCUGGCUAACGAUAAUGCUUGCCAGUUUCCGGUUCAUUUAUAUUUUCAUGUUUUCUCGAGCAAAUAAGUACUGCAGUAUAAGGCACGCGAAAAUCGUUAUCUUGACAAUAUACAUAGGGGCUGUGGUAUUGUGUAUACCAAACUACAUUUCCAAUUACUGGAUACAGAGUAACGUAAAAAACACCGUAACUGGAAAAAACGAGACAGUGUUCUCAUUUCACCAACGUAAUCACGGGCCUUAUGUAUACAUAUUCGAUAUGAAUUACUGGAUACAGUCAAUAUUAAUCAAGCUUGUCCCAUGUGUGCUUCUGACGAUUUUAACAAUAAUGCUGAUUCUGGGUCUACGGAAGGCGCAUCAGAAUCAUGUUCAGGUUAAAUCACAAGGAAUGCGCAAGGACGAUGUAGAGAAGCACCACGAACACUACCGCACGACGGGCAUGCUCUUGGCAGUGGUUAUUCUAUUCUUGAUAGUUGAGCUGCCCCAAGGAAUCAUGACAUUGCUGAUGAUCUUUAUGCAGGAUCUCUAUAAUGAGUUGUACAAUCCUCUUGGGGAUGUCUUGGAUAUUGUUGCACUGUUAAAUAACGCUGUAAAUUUUGUGUUGUAUUGUUCGAUGUCAAAGCAAUUUAGGGAUACAUUCAUCGCAACGUUUUGUAAAUGUUUUACUUCGGAUGAAGAGAGAGAAAAGUGGAUAAAUAAGACUUUGAUCACACAGCGCAAUGGGGCGUCAAUACGAAGGAUUUCCAAGCCUCGUGUCAAUGGAUCGCUCGGUCAAAUGGUAUAGCUAUCAUGGCGAUCUUAGCUGAAAAUUGAAAGUUGAAAGAUAAUGAGAGAUUAUCACUAUAUGCUCUGAAAUUUCCAUUUACAGAACGAAGGAAUUUAGUGUCUGAAAUCGAAGUUAAAUAAAUAAAUGAAAAUGAAUAUCUGCAAUUUGUCUCAAGAUACAUGUACCGUGGGUCCCUUAUGAUAAUUCCGGUAAAUAAGUUCGUGAUAAAGGACGUCAAACUUAACUUAUUCAUGAGCGGUGUUAUUUUUAUACUUUUUACAUAUUAUCUUACAAACAUUAAAUCAUACGACAACAUUCUAGUGAUUAGUAUAGUUACUUCAAUUAAUUCUAUUAACAUGGGAAAACUACUGUAAAAUAUACAUUCUGAAAUAUUUAUGUACAGAUAUGUUCCAUUACGAACUUAAAUAUAAACACAUGUAAUAUCUUUUGAUGACGGCAGUUUAAAUAUUUGAAAAUAUGUAUGUUCAUCUAGAUGUACAUGUAUUCAAAAAGGAUACUGUGCGUUCAGAUAUAUUAUUGCAAUAUCAAACUCAUUUGUACAAUUUAGAUUUCCUGUUGACAUUUUAUUUAAUACUAUUUUUUGAGUGUGAUAAAUUAAUACAGUAUUAGUCUUUCAUAAAUAAGCAGUUUACAAAAAAUAGUAAAUACAUAUGUAACUGUGUAACGUGUAUAAAUAUUACUUGAUAAGUCUGUGUUAUAUUCAUUAUUAUUUAUUAAGUAUCAUCGGACCUUGCAUGUAAAUAAUUGAUUAAGGUGCAUUUGUAUGAUGAGUAUUAGAGUUACGCUUAAGCAAACGCAGGUUCGUUGUAUAAAGUUGGUAAUUAUUGUUUUUGUUAAUUAUUUGCUUCAUUUCAGCCAUUUGUGCCCAUCUUUGUUUCACCAUAUUUAUUAUUGUAUCGAUAUUCAUGAAUUGUGCUCUUCUAUUUCAAGUGAUUUCCAGUAUGUCCAUGUUCAACCUCCAACGGUUUCAAUAACCGUUCAAUCUAUUCUUUUCUAUUGAUGUUGUUCGCUAUUCAGUAAAUUCUGUACUGUGUCGCCUGUGUUUCAUACUUAACAAUCCUAUUAUUUAGAUCGGAAAUUUAGGAUGUUGCGCAAAAUAUAAACACGAAAACGCCUAUUAAAAGAUGAUAACGCUUUCAGUGACAUUCUCGACCACUCCUACAAAUAUCAUACACUUUCAUUAGAUUAGCUGUAGCAAAAUAGCGGACACGUAUUGAAGCACUUUAUGUUCAUAACAUUAAUACAUUUUUUGGUACAUUUUUACGUUAAAUGCGAAUAGUGUCCCCGAAAUAUUUAAGGUAUAAAUACAGCAAGAAUGUGAAGACUGUUCAUACAAUGAGAUAGGUUUAUCAGUAAGUUAUUUUAUAAGUUAUUAUUUUCGAUAUAAUCGGUGUUACAAUUAAAAAAUAUCAUUGUAUUGUUUUAUAUGUGUUUUUUGCUGUAAUAACUCUUUUAGAGAUAUUGUCAUCUUGUAAUUUUAAACAUACGUUAUUGAUAAUUUGAACAUUAUUACCAUCAGUUAACCAAAGACAAAAUAAAAACAACAACAUAAAGCCUUCACAUUUUUUAAACAAAAGCAAAUACUGUAUGACUUAUGCCACUUUCAGAUAUAGUUAAAUCAAUGCUAUUCACUAGGGUUUUACUAUGUGAAACAUUUACUUUUCAAUAUGCACUUUCAAUUUUCAUGUAUUAUGACUGUUUGUGGAUUUCCUGAUUAAUAAUGUAGUGGUGUUGAAUUUGAAGAGUAACAAU